CGUGACACGCGCGCACUUCCUCCCUCUUCGCUCCGCAUCAGUAAAAAAAAAAAACGCAACGCGAGACUGGUACAGACCGCCGUAGAUUGCAAGGACAGCCAGGGCUACUGCUGUACACCCCAGCAGCAUCAUGUCUCAGGAGUCUUCCGCUUCAAGGGUCGAUGAUCCCGCACGGCACCACGACCCUGGACAGGGGGGGGUCGAGGAGGACGAAGAAAGCGACGAAGUAAUAUUUUCGUGCCGGCUGGACAACGCAGAGUCUAUCACCACAAUCCUCUCCUGCCUUAGCCACGGAACCCGCAAGGACCAGCAGGCCCAGUGCGAAGUGACGAAGGAGUCGAUGACCCUCGUGGUUUCGGGAAGAGCCAAGUACACACAGGCGCAGGGGUCCCUAGACAGCAGCCUGUUCCAGGAAUACGACUGUGUCGAGGGCGCCAAGUUCGGCAUCAACCUCACCACGCUGCUGGAGUGCCUGCAGAUCUUCGGUCGGGGCUCUCUCGCCCAGACGAGUGUCAGCAUGGCGUACCAGGAGGCUAGAGCGACGUUCCGCCUCACCCUGGAAGGGGGCGGGGUGUUCACGAGCUGCGAGAUAAGAACCAUCCACCAGGACGAGGAAGCCAUGAAGUUCUCGACCCUAGCCAAGGCGUUCGGCAGGAGCAAAGAGGUCUGCCGCUGCAUCCUCAAGGGGGAAGCGUUUCAAGAGCUGGCCGACUUGAACGGCGCUACGAGCGUAUCGGUGACCUUCGGGCAGGAGGCUACGCAUCUUCAGCUCUACGCCAAGGGCUCCAACGGCUCCAGCGAGAUCGACUUCCCGAAGAGCUCGCAGUCCUUAGUGUGCUUCGAAUGCACCGCGAGGGGGGUAUCGUGGGCCUUCCUCAUGACCGGCAUGGAGACCGGCAUGCGUGCCCUAGGGCACGCCAACGAGACGUACUUCAGAGUCAACGAGGAGGGCAUCCUCUGUAUACAGCAUCAGGUGAUAUGA